CUAAAAAGUAAGCAGCUUUACGUCAAAAUUCGCCUCCAACUCAUUAGUGGUACGUUUUUAUUCGAUUCCAGAACAAAAUGGCUUCAUUCUUGGCACGAACGGGCGGUCCCCUAAUCGAAACCGUCAGGCCAGCGGCCGUCAAAAAGAUCCUCGGCCUGGCCCCCAUCGCCGUUCAGCAGCUUAGGAACCUGAAUGUCCAGGAGCACGUCUCCUACAGUCUCCUGAACGAGAGCAAGAUCCCCACACCUCGUUUCGCUGUUGCCAAGAACGGCAAGGAGGCCAACGACAUUGCCACCAAGCUGAAGACAGAUAACCUGGUGCUGAAGGCUCAGGUCCUGGCCGGCGGUCGCGGCAAGGGAACCUUUAAGAAUGGUCUUAAGGGCGGAGUGCGCGUGGUCUACGACCCCCAGACCGCCGAGGAGAUCUCCUCCAAGAUGAUCAAUCAGCUGCUGGUCACCAAGCAAACCGGAGCAGCUGGUCGCAUCUGCAACAAGGUCAUGGUUGCCGAGAGGAAGUUCCCCCGCCGUGAGUUCUACUUCGCCGUGAUGAUGGAGCGUGCCUUCAACGGUCCCGUCCUGAUCGCCUCCAAGGAGGGUGGCGUUGAUAUCGAGGAGGUGGCUGCCAGCAGUCCCGAAUCCAUUCUGUACGAGCCCAUCGAUAUAGGCACUGGUCUGACCAGCGAGCAGGCCCAAAAGAUCAUCAAGAAAGUUGGCCUGGGCGGUGAGGGCGAGGACACACACGUCCAGAUGUUGUUGAACCUGUACGAUCUGUUUGUCAAGAAGGAUGCUCUCUUGGUUGAGAUCAACCCCUACGCCGAGGAUGCCAUGUCUGGCUACUUUGCAUUGGACGCCAAGCUGCGUUUCGACGACAACGCCGAGUUCCGGCAGAAGGAGCUCUUCGCGCUGCGUGACUGGACCCAGGAGGAUCCCAAGGAGGUCGAGGCUGCCAAAUACAAUCUGAACUACAUUGCCCUGGACGGCACCAUCGGCUGCAUGGUGAACGGCGCUGGUCUGGCCAUGGCCACCAUGGACAUCAUCAAGUUGUACGGCGGCGAACCCGCCAAUUUCCUGGAUGUGGGUGGUGGCGCCACUGCCGAGGCCGUGAAGGCCGCCUUCAAGAUCAUCACCUCCGACCCGAAGGUGCUGUGCAUUCUGGUCAACAUCUUCGGUGGCAUCAUGCGUUGCGAUGUCAUCGCCGAGGGUAUCAUUUCCGCCACCAAGGACCUGAACCUCAACAUGCCCGUGGUUGUGCGUCUUCAGGGCACCAAAGUCGAGGAGGCCCGCGAGCUGAUCCGGACAUCUGGACUGAAGAUUCUGGCUCGCAACGAUCUGGACAAGGCUGCCGAUCUGGCCGUCCACUUGGCGCAGAUCGUCAAGCUGGCCCGCGAAAUGAAGAUGGACGUCAACUUCGAGAUUCCCGAUGCCCAAAAGGGAAAGGGCGACUGUAAGAAAGAUGAUAAGAAGUCGGAGAAGAAAGAUGAUAAAAAAUCGGGCAAGAAGGAUGACAAGAAGGCCGAUUGCACGAAGAAGGAGGAAAAGAAAAAGGAGAAGAAAGACAUCUGCCCCAAGAGAGAGUCCUCUGACAAGGGCAAAAAAUAAAGAUAUGUUUGGGAGGGAUCUGCCCGAAUUUUUUAAGUUACACCAACCACCAGAAGGAAGCCAUUGUUGAAAUUCCAAAGACAAAACACGCCACAUGAGUUUUAUAGUUCUGAUUUUAUCGCCUUAAAUUUCAGAAGUACAUUUCUGACCAACUUCCUCAUCGUA